AUGUGCGACUCCUUCCAGGCCGCAGUCAAUGCAAGCCAGUAUGCAAAGAUCAACGGCCUGCUGAAAUUCGCAGAGAGCUUUGAUGAAGCUGUCGCCGCGGCGGGCGGUGCGUCUGAGGUUACAGCGAAGCUGAAGGAAAUCCAGGAGGCGAAAGCUGCAGAGGCAGAGGCUCCCGCAGCUUCGGAGGAGCCGGGAGCCGCGCCCGAGCCCGCCGAGGAGCCGGGAGAAGCCGAAGACCACGAGGUUGCGACAGUGAAGGCCAAGAUCGACGAGGUGGACACUAUGCUGGCACAGGAAACGGGCAUGAACCCCAACACCAUCCUGAAGAACAUGACGGAUAUCAUCCCGCUCUGGCCGGCAGUGCAAUCGCCGGAGCUGAGUGAACGCUUGGCGGCUGCCUUCGACAUGCU